AUGGUUUCUGUCUCCAAGCUCCUCAACAACGGACUUCUCCUUGCUGGCCAAUCGGUCUUCAGAGACUUGGCAACCCCUGAACAAGCUUCAGUGGAAAGCUACAACUACGUCAGAUUUUUGGGUGGUGCUGGUCCAUAUGUCCAACAUCCAGGUUACGGUAUCUCCACCGAUAUCCCAGAACAAUGUACUUUGGAGCAGGUCCACUUGAUGUCUAGACACGGUGAAAGAUACCCAUCGAUCGGUGUUGGUAAAAAGUUAGAGGCCAUCUUCAACAAGACCCAGGCUUACAACCAGACCUUCAAGGGUGACUUGGCAUUCUUCAACGACUACGUGUACUUCGUUCCUAGCCAGGAAUUGUACGAAAAGGAGACCACUCCUUUCAACUCUGAGGGUACUUACGCUGGUACCAACACUGCCAUGAGAAACGGUAUGUCGUUCAGAUCUAAGUACAACUCUUUGUUCGAUGCCUCCUCCGAGAAGCUUAACGUGUUCACUUCCAACUCUGGUAGAUGUCACGUCACUGCUAGAUACUUUGCUCGUGGUUUCUUGGGUGACCAGUACUCCGAGACCGAGGCUAACUACUACGUCUUGGCCGAAAAUGCUACUUUGGGUGCCAACUCCUUGACUCCAAGAAUUGGAUGCACUAACUACAACGAGAACGCCAACAAUGACAUCGUCGCUAAGUACAACACCUCCUACUUGGAAACCGCUAGAACCAGAAUUAUCAAGGACAACAAGAACUUCAACUUGACCACCGCUGAUGUCAGCAACCUUUUCGCAUGGUGUGCUUACGAGACCAACGUCAGAGGCAAGUCUAAUGUCUGUAACCUUUUCACUAACGAGGAAUUUGUCAAAUACUCUUACGGUCAGGACAUUUCCAACUACUACAACCACGCUGGUGGUCACAACUUGACCGCUGUCCUUACUGCUCCAUACAUCAACGCCACCACCGCUUUCUUGAACGAAGCCAACCCUAAGUACAAGGUUGUCCUUGCCUUCACCCACGACACCGAUGUUGAGCUUCACUUCGCAGGUCUUGGUUUGGCUGCACCAAAGGAGCCAAUCCCAACUGACCACGUUCCUUUCCCAUCUCCAUACUCUCACGUUCAAGUUGUUCCUCAAGGUGCUAGACUUGUGACCGAGAAGUACAAGUGUGGCUCUGACUCAUACGUCAGAAUUGUCUUGAACGAUGCUGUCAUUCCUAUCCCAUCUUGUCAAGAUGGUCCAGGUUUCUCUUGUAAGCUUGAAAAUUACAACAAGUACAUUGCCAGCAGAAUCGGCAAUGUUUCUUACAAGCAACAAUGUGGAAACCCUUCUGCUCCAGACAAGGUUACCUUCUUGUGGGACUACGCUACUGCCAACUACACUGCUGCCGACAUCAACGGUUAA